AUGAUACUCGACGCACUCGACAUUCCACUCGAGUUUAACGAGACCAAAGAGCCGCAAUAUCUCGAGCUCAACCCCAAUAGUCGUCUUCCCGCCAUUGAAGAUCCGAAUACAAACAUCACUGUCUGGGAGUCAGGAGCUAUAAUCCUAUAUCUCAUCGAGCAGUACGACAAGCAAGAAAAACUCUCUUACUCCCGUACACCUGAGCAAUAUGCAUUGAUUAAAUGGUUGACAGUCCAAGUGUCGGGACAAGGUCCAUACUUCGGGCAAGCAACAUGGUUCACCAGAUUCCACCCGGAGAAACUCCUCUCCGCCAUCGAUCGCUAUGUCAUCGAGAUCUUCCUUAAAGGUGUAGGGUUGGUUGAGAAGUAUCUGCAUUAUACUGCUUGGCUAGAAGCACUCAAGGUACGACCAAAGAUAAAGGCAGCGCUGGACAAGAUUGUGGCGCAGAGGAAAGCGCAUGGUCUUCCUUGA